AAAUCAUCCAAAAGCUAUCUCCUUAUCUGGCCUUAUCCUAUGCUAAACCCAGCCAAUAACCAGUCACUUCUCAAUUUUCAUUUCAUGAUUUUCAUGGUUUAGCCUUCAACACCAACACACUCUACUCCUCCACUCCAGUCUUCCUUCCCACUGCCAUGGCUGGAUUGCUUGGAUCUUCCUCAACUGCACUCUUUGCUUCUCGCCCUCUUUCUUCUUCCUCCCCUAAACUCUCUUCUUCCACCAUUUCCUCUACCCCUGUUGUUUCUGGGAAAUUUAAUUGGAGAAAAUUCUAUGGUGGAAUUGGGAUUCCUGUGAAAAAGAAUAGGUCUCAGCUUCAAUUUUCAGUUUCAAAUGUUGCCACUGAAAUUAAUUCUACUGUACAGGCUCCAAGGGUUGCAACAGAAAGCCAAAGGCCAGUUUAUCCAUUUGCGGCUAUAGUCGGGCAAGAUGAGAUGAAACUCUGUCUUUUGUUAAAUGUUAUAGACCCUAAGAUUGGUGGGGUGAUGAUCAUGGGUGACAGGGGUACAGGUAAAUCCACUACUGUUAGGUCAUUGGUGGAUUUGCUCCCAGAAAUUAAGGUUGUUUCUGGAGAUCCGUUUAAUUCUGACCCUGAAGAUCCCGAGUUGAUGGGUGUAGAAGUAAGAGAAAAGGCCAUAAAAGGAGAAGAACUUGCUGUUAUGUUGACUAAAAUUAAUAUGGUUGAUUUACCUCUAGGUGCUACCGAGGACAGGGUUUGUGGGACCAUUGACAUUGAGAAGGCUUUAACUGAGGGAAUUAAAGCGUUUGAGCCAGGACUUCUUGCUAAGGCUAAUAGAGGAAUACUGUAUGUUGAUGAGGUUAAUCUUUUGGAUGACCACUUGGUGGAUGUUCUGUUGGAUUCUGCUGCUUCAGGGUGGAACACUGUGGAAAGAGAGGGAAUUUCCAUUUCACAUCCUGCUCGGUUUAUCUUGAUUGGUUCAGGAAAUCCCGAGGAAGGAGAGCUUAGACCUCAGUUACUUGACCGUUUUGGUAUGCAUGCUCAAGUUGGAACUGUAAGAGAUGCUGAGCUUAGGGUAAAGAUUGUUGAGGAGAGGGCCCGCUUCGAUAAGAAUCCUAAAGAGUUCCGAGAGUCUUACAAGGAAGAUCAAGAUAAGCUAACAGACCAGAUUACAUCUGCAAGAAGCAACCUCUCUGCUGUUCAAAUUGAUCAUGAUCUCCGUGUAAAAAUCUCUAAAGUCUGUGCUGAAUUGAAUGUUGAUGGUUUGAGAGGUGACAUUGUGACAAAUAGAGCAGCAAAGGCUUUGGCUUCUCUUAAGGGUAGAGAUAAGGUGACUCCUGAGGAUAUCGCUACUGUUAUUCCCAAUUGCCUAAGACAUCGGUUAAGGAAGGAUCCUUUGGAGUCUAUUGAUUCUGGUUUACUUGUUAUUGAGAAGUUCUAUGAAGUAUUUAGCUGAACAAUGCGUAUCCUCUUUCUGCCAUUACCCUAUGUCCUUAAAUUUUGUCUACGGCUAGUAAACUAUGCUUCUUUCCUAGUGCACGCGAUUUCUGACCUGAGUGAAAUAUCCAAUACUGUAAUAUUGUUGAUUGAAACACAUUCGGAAAUCUAGGAUUCAAAGUUACUUUAUGAAUAUACUUCGUAUGAGAUUCUAAGGGAUCAAUCUAUUGUUCUGCCUUGUAAAUGAAUACUGUCAUACUGCUUGAAGAUAACUCAUAUCUUAAUCUUUGCUUCUUGAA